AUGGAAAAUCAAACCAAUCAGUCAUCCUAAUCUUAAUAAUACGUAAAACUAGAAUACAAUGACGACAUCUCAAGAAUAGAUAAAGUAGAUUCAAUAGAGGAACUAUAUCAAAAUAUUUAAAAGAGAUAUGAGGAACUUAAAAAUCUGAAUAAGUCUCAAUUAAUUCUUCACUACUAUGACAGAGACAAUGACGAUAUCACUAUUGACAAUAACAUGGACUUGGCAGAGGCUUACUCCCAAUUGCCCUAAAACAGAAUCCUAAAGAUACUCAUCAAGAAAAAUGAAAAGCUCUCUACUCACAGGUAAUCUAAAAGUAUUGGAAGUGUCGAGGAUAAUAACAUAUUUAAUAGAUCACUGAAUCAAUCAUCUAAUAACAUUAAAUAUUGUGGAGAUAAUACAAUCAAUGAAUCUAACAAAAAGAAGAGCCAUAAUUCUGACACUAUUCAAGACAAACCCUCAGAUUUAUCUCAGUAAAGAUAAACUAACAAAUUAAUUGAUACAUAGGAGUUUGAAUCUGAACAAGUAUAAGAACAAAUGAAGCAACUGAGGAGGAUUAUAAAAGAUGAAUUGUAUGUCUUUGCUUAAGAAAAUAUUCAAAUUAUUAUUUAAGAAAAGAUUAAACUAAUGUUCUAAAAUAAUAAUAACCAUAACUAACCUAUUGACAAACAUCAAUUGAAUUAACUACCUAAGCAUAAUAAAUAAGGCUCUUAAAGCUAGAUAAUUCAGUAGCCAAUGUUACAGUCGAAAGCUUAAUCCAAAAAAAAAGAGUAAAAGCUUUUAUUUACAGAAAUUGGAAGAACUUUAGUGAGACCUGUGACAGAGGGGGAUUACUUUUAAAUAUAUUGGGAGCUUAAAAAUGAAAAUACAUUUGAUUGGAAUCACAAACAUCUUUAGCUCAUUUAGCAAGAGCCAAUAGCUGUUUAUUUAUAAUACACCAUAAAACCAAGUGAAUUUCUCAGUAACUAAGUUGGAACAUUGGAGGUAGAAAUUCAAGCUCCUGAUAAAGCUGGAAAUUAUAAAUUCAAUUUUCAGUUAUUUGAUUCUUUAUUAAAAAUGGACAGUGAUAAACAUCUAUAACUUAUUCUAACAGUUUCCACUAAUUUCAAUCCUCCGUCAGAGGAAGAGAAAAUCAAGUUAUAAACUAUAAGAUCAAUUUUGCCUGCCAAUGAUAGAAAAAAUGAUAAGAUAAUAAGCCUUUUGAGAAAAAAUAAGUAAAACGUUAACUAAACAAUAGAGGAAUUGUUAUUACAUAAAGAUCUUGAUGUUGAUUGA